CAUAGACUGUAUCAAGAAUGGACAGAGUCUGCCUCCUCGCUGGUUGAAGCCACUCAGAGAACAGCACCCUCUGUUGAUGGGCUGCAGUAUAGGUCAUAAAUCCCGCCUCCGCCAGCAAAGCUUAUGGGACUGUGGACAAACUUUAGAAAUUUAUUACACAGAACAUAAUUUUUUCUCCCCCUGCUUGUGAUGUUGACAUGUAGUUACUGUAAGACUGGUUUGUGCUCAAGUCCUUUUUUUUCUGUACAGCUCCGUUUUUAAAAGUUAUUAGGGGGUUCAUAUUUUCUAUGAUUGACACCUGAUACAGCCUAUGGGCGUUCAGGGAUUGCGUAGCUCUCCCAGGGGGAUACGCUGUUUGAGCCGAGCGUCAUCACAGCGACUCUCUGCGACUGCGCAGCGCUGGUUUCAGGAAAUGAAGAAAAAUCCUGGAAUUACCGAGAGCUUUUUGGCUUCAAAUCCAUAUACAGGCGGUAGGCAGAACCAGGUUGUCCAUAGUAUAUACAGUCUAUGGAUUUGACCCCUUAGCUUUCACAUUCACCCUUUAGCUAAACACAGAUGAUCAUUCCCUACAGCCUUAAACAUGUCAGGGAGAAGGUGUGUAAUUAGUUUCUAUCAUGAAACCCUCUAUAUAAGCUGUUUUUUUUUUCUUUCUAAGAAGAGAACAACACAUUAAACGUCUUUCAUUACUAAGUCUAUCUCUCAACCUUUCCCUCCCUCCCUGCUGUUUUUUAUUUCCUGAAUUGUUGUCUGAUUCUUCCAUCAAAGUCCUCCCCCCACCCCUACGACAUUCAUAGAAUUUGAGAAGAGGCACUUAAACUAAUGUAGAGGCGAUGUCGGGGCAUAUUUUGGGAACAGGAGGCAGCUUCUUGUACUCAUAUUCAUUUUCCUUUGAAGUCAAUGUGACACCGGAUAACUGCAGAAGCAAAGUACAAUGUGUUGCAUGUGCACUGGCUAUUAUUAGACUCUUUUUCUAACGUUUGAUGAGAAAAAAAUCACACAUUCAACCUCGAAUUAGAGAGUAAGAACAUGAUGAAUGCUGUCAUAUUAAAUUUUCCUGGAUGGUGCAUUAUAUCCGCCUCUGCAACUGGUAAAUGGUAUGUUACCCAAAGGAAUGAAGCAUUGUAGUUAGUCACAAUGAAAUAAAUUGAGAAUUUAUGAUAAGCAGCCUGUAAAUCUAAUAAAAAACCUUUCUUGUUAUUAUUAUCUGCAGAGCCAAGCACACAGUGUUGGAAAACAAAAACUCUACUUGUGCUUUAUGAAACAGCAGUCCUGUUUAAUUUCCUCAGAGAGUGGCACUGUUAAAGCAGUCUGGAUUGGACCCACACAGCGUCACUGCAGGUUAUAAUAUGUCUGGCACCUCUAAUAAUAUUUGUCACGAUGUAAGGGCCCAUGCACAGCUCUCCUUCUGUCUCCCUAUAAAUUGUUUUCCUGCUCUGCACUUGUUGAGAGCAGCUCAGUCCACCUGCUGAAACCUGGACUCCAUUAUCACUGUCCUGGUCCGUGUGUGUUUUAAUCUGUAGCUCUGGUGAUGAUCAAUGUCUGAUGUUAAUCCCUUCUUGCACUGUGUUGAGAAAGGAUCCACUACAUUCCCAUAUACGCUCUCUCUCUCUCUCUGCCUCUCUCUCUCUCUCUCCCUCUCCCUCUCCCUCUCUCUCUCUCUUUCUACAUGCUGCUGCAGAUCACUGAAGAAGCGCGAGCGGAGCAGGAUUCGUUGCAGCGGUUUUUCUGCAAAACAGCAACUGAUAUCAAGACGCAAUGCAGGUGCAGUAAACAUGUGUCACUGCAUGCUUUCAUAUACUUGUUGCUUUAUUGGUUUAGCAUGUGCAAUGAUAGCCAAAUACUGCUAAUAUUUCUGUAUGUGCAUGUGGUGUCAUAUACCUGUGUCGAGAAGUUAAAGGCAAAAAGUCUUAAAAGUUAUAACAUCACUGUGAAAACAUCUAACCUUAAAUGUAACUUUGACAUGCUAUGUUAAAGAAGUGCCAGCUUGGAUAUCUUUAUAACUACUAUAAUGCUCAUAUAAAGAAAUAUGCUCAGUUUAGUCUUACAAAUCCUGCAGUCAUAAUAUUUUUGGGGCAAAAUCAUUUUAAAAUAGCAAAUUAAAAGUUAUUGUUAUGGUCCCUUUCAGCUUGUUAUUUUCAUCAUAGUUUCACAUUUUAGUAUUGUUUUAUGUUGUAAGCUCUUCUGUGUGAUUUUACUUUUAAUUACUGAAUAGUUCAUGCUUUACAUUGAAUUUUGAUAUUGAUUGCAUGGAAUCUGUAAUAUGGACCUGCAACGUUAAAGUUGGAUACCAGAUAAUAGAAGAUAAUAGAUAAUUAGAUAAUAGAAGUGCCAGCUUGGAUACCUUUAUAACUACUUAUAAUGCAAAUAUAAAGAAAUAUGCUGAGUUUAGUCUUACAAAUCCUGCGGUCAAACUAUUUUUUAGGCAAAAUUAUUUGAAAUAGCAAAGUAAAAGUAAUUGUUAUGGUCCCUUCCAGCUUGUUAUUUUAAUUUUAUUAUCAUUAUAGUUUCACAUUUUAGCAUUGUUUUAUGUUGUAAGCUUUUCUGUGUGAUUUUACUUUUAAUUACAUUACAUAAUAGUUUAAGCUUUACAUUAAAUUUUGAUAUUGAUCGCAUAAUGUCUGGAAUAUGAACCUGCAACGUUAAAGUAUCAAUCUUUGUAGUGGAAUAGGAAGCAAAAUGAAUUCCCUCUGAAUUGUGACCAAGUUGGAUUGUAAAGAGGAAAAGGAACAAACAGAGCGACGAGUAUUUUAAACUGGACUUCAGCAAUGAGGCGAGAAACUGAAACGAGCAGGAUACCAUUUAAUACGUCACACGCACUCGGUGUCAAGGAGAGCAUAAGAAAGGCUCUCCAGUUAAGUGUUUUUAAUGUGAUUUAGUGAUCCUGCCAACAGAAGUAAAAGAGUGAAGGAAGCCAAGUGUCGGCUUUUAGAAGUUGGUAACCGCAGGAGGUUUGAAAUGGAGGAAGGUACCAUUACCAGGGGCGUAACCAGGGGUUGUCAGGAGGUAAGGGAGGUGUCAUGAGGUAGCCCCACCAAACAAGAAAUCAAUAAAGAAAUAAAUAGAUUUUUUUAAAAAGAUGUUUUUUGUUCUACAGUAAUGCAGGAAUCCUCAUACACUACAAUAGUACACAGUGCCCAUGUGCAUAUUUGUCAAAAAGUCCUGUUCAUGAUCAUCCCUCGCCUUCUUAAGUUUUAGGUCGGCAGGUCUCAGGAGUGUGUGUUUGGGUGUGUACUCACAAAGGUGACAUAUGUUAUGUUCAGACACCCACAGUGGAGUCUUAGAUGAUCAAAAGGAGCAUCACAGUGAUCUGCACACAUGGCUCCUGUCUUAUUAAAUUAUGCAGCACUCUGAUGUUGGGAAUAAAAAGUCUUGUACAACUUUUCAUCAUGAAGUCGCAAAACUGACACAUCAUUCACUGUUGCUGAUCAUUUUUUUCUCAGUGUACACUCUUGAAUGUCCGACUGUUUUUACCUUGCCUUGUCUGGUAUUGAAUUCGAGUUCGCUUGUAUCUGUGCAAAGUUGUGUAUGCAUGUGCCAAUGUUUGUGUCUGUUUUUAUGUGGCUUUGCAUGAUCCACCAGUCUUCAGGUUUUACUUGUAGUCAUCUUUCACCUCAGCAUGGCAGCCGGCUCUGAUCUUUUAUUGAUGCCGUUUUAAGGAGUGUGAAUUAUUGAGCGACAUCUUCCAUGCUCUGUAUGCUUUGGCAUCUCUUCAUAUUUAAAUAUGGGACCAAAGGGGGCAGAGAUGCUCCCCAGACAGUCCCUAUGACUAUGUUCUCCACAAACUCUUUACAUCACAUUCUCAGGAACCUCUUAUAGAAAGCUGUUUUAUUUAUACAGCACUUUAUCAGGAGCGAAGACAAGACUGUUCACAGACAAAGAAAAGAAGACCAGAGUAUUAAAGGAGCAGGAUCUGAAGAUACAAAUAACAAAGAAGAAAAAUGGAUGAAUUUAAACCUCCAAAACAAACAAACCUACAGUGUAUUGAUAGUUGCUGUAAAGAAAACACAUUCACAACACACAGGUAUUGACUGACUCGACUGUCACAUGUUCACUUGUUUGCAUGUGCUGUGUCUUCAUUGUGUUGGAGAUCCCUCAGGUAGGAACAGCAGAGCAGAUUAAUUUAAAGUUGAUACUUACGGUCAUGGAAAGUGACUCUCUUGUUAGUAUUUGUUGUGUUUCCUCUCACUGUUCCGUCUCGACUUGGCUCAUCCCGUACUGAACACUGCAGAAGCCUGCAUUUGUCAAAUGAGCGGUCAGUCAGUUAGUAGCAAGCACCAACUAUGAUGACAGAAAUCAUGUGUGAGAAGAACUUACUUGAUGUGUAAUUAAAUUUUAUAGUUUGACCUAUUUUUCAUCUGAGGCUGGGUUAAUGCCCUAUACUGGAUAUGUUGGGAGGACAGGGACUUACAUCUGCCCAGGAUGCUUUCAGCAAAGUAAAAGACAAGCUAUAGUUAGCAUACUUAAGCUUUUGAUCACACUGCUGUUAGUAAGUUCAUGGUGAUAUUAGCAACUAAAGUUACUCAAUCACUGACUCAAAGAUGAAAUUACCUGUUGAAAUUGGCUGUGUGUCUCUCUUCUUUCACAUGAAGAGCUGCUUGAGCUGCUUCCUUCAUCAGGACUCCAUGUUAAAAAAGAGGUCUUUUAAUCUCACCUUGACCGUUUUGUUUAAAAAGUAUAAUUGAAAUAAAUAAAAUAAGAUACUAUUCUUCUGUAGUUUACAUUAGUUCCUGUCAUUCAAACCAAAAAAACACUUCAAUACAAAGAGCCUGAACAAGUCAAAUUUAAAGUAUUUAAACUUGUAAAGACAGUUCUUUAAAAUACGUACUUCAGGAUUAUUGAAUAUGCCGCAUUUUAAUUUUUUAGUAGUUUUUCAGUAACUGGUGCAGCUGUCUCACAAUUAUACUGUGAGACUGUGAAAUCACAACUAGCUGAGCAGUGCCAAAACUUUUAUACCACCAUAUGAUCUAAAACUAGUGCUGCAACUAACGAUUAUUUUUUUGUCGACUAAUCUAUCGACUAGUCGUCCGAUUAAUCACGAUUAAUCACUAUCUUCUUUAUUUAUAAAAACCUAUUUCCGGGGUGUCGGCGUUUCCGGUGCUCAUGCAUCGCCGUGGUGCUGCCAUGGUAGGAAAGCUGAGCUUUGAUCGACGUGUUUUUUUGGUUUGUUCUCCGUAAAAUGUUUCAAAACUUUUGAAGUUUUGGGUCGGAGUUUUGGAGCGUCUUUUUCAGUUUGUUCUGCCAUAAUGUGUGCACUCUUCUUCUGUAUUUGCUCGCGGGAUGUAAACAGCGAGCGCUACUGCCCCCAGCACAUCCUGUAGUGCACUGCAGUUAUAGAUGAGCAUGAGGCGCCGGCAUGUGAUUCUUAACAUCAAUAACACGACGCGUCGACGCUUAAUUUUCGUGUCGAUGAAUUUGUCGUGUCGACGUAAUCGAUUACGUCGACUAAUCGUUGCAGCCCUGUCUAAAACUAUAUAUCAGUCGACAACAUCCCCCAUUAUUUCUAAAAGUUAUGCCAGAAAAAAAAUAUAUAAAACAGUGUUUUUUGCAUAUAUAUGUAUGUAUCAAUUUGAGGUCUUCACUUUCAAGUGUUAGCGCCUCUGUAACUUUCAUUCAACACCAGGCAGUCGAUGUGAGGUGGAAGGUUCAUCUAUAGACCUGGAAAUAAGACUCAAAGCUGCAUUGCAUACAUAGGCUGUAUCUAGAAUGGACAUCAUCUGCCUUCUCGCCAAGUAAGAACAGCACCCUCUGGUGACGGGCUGCAGUAUAGGUCCUUAACCCCGCCUCCUCCUGCAAACUUAAUGGAGCUGUGGACAAACUUUAGAAAUUAAUCACACAGAAUAUUAAUUUUCCCCCUGCCUGAUUGAGAUGUUGACUUGUAGUUAUUGUAAGACUGAUUUGUGCUCAAGUCCUAUUUUUUCUAUACAGCUCCAUUUUUAAAAGUUAUUAGAGGGUUCAUGUUUUCUAUGAUUGACUCUUAAUACAGCCUAAGGGCGUACAAAGUUGCAUAGCUGGUCUGGGUGAUAUGCUGUUUGAACAGAGCGUCGUCACAGGGACUCUCCUGUCGAGUACGUACAAUGCUACGCUGCUAAUGUUUUGGUUGUUUCAAGUCUCAUUCAAAGUGUUUGAAAGUGAUCGCUUCUUGAGUCACAAUUCUCCUUUGUAUGAGAAUAAAUUUUGAGGAGUCCAUAAAAUAUGGAGACCCCUUAAGCAAUCACCAUCAGUUUAAGAGACUUCCUCCUUGAGGUGGGGUCAGCUGAACCCCUCUGGUGGAGAUUUUUAUCCUUUUUUAUCUCCUUCCUUCAAAGGCUUUCUUUUUUCCGGACAGUUUCUUUUCUCUCCUCCUAAGGGGAACGAGAAGGCCGUGGAUGGCGGUCUGCUGCCUGAUGCCAAUGGGAAAGACCCAAACCCGCCUGGACAGACAGAGGGCUCCAAGUGGCAGAAACCUCGGAUCACACGGAAAUCUCUAAUGAAGUGCUGUCUUGUCAAGUGGAUUAUCGCCAGUACCACGCAACAAGGACCAGGUACAGGCACAUAAAUGAACACAUACAUAUCUGCACCCUACAGGCAUAACAGCAUAACGAACAUCUGCAUGAUUGUCUGUGACAGCUGGGAAAGAGGGACUCACAGCGGAGCAGGGGGGCACGCCUUCAAUCUCAAGCUCUACAGAAUACAUGAAUUUUAAAGCUGCUGCCCCAUCUACAGCGUAUAUAUCUCCCACACACUUUUACCAUUUUCUCCCCUUUUAUUCAGUGUUUACAGCGUGGACCUUUCUCUUCACAAAACGUCUUCUCAUUUCAGCAGCUAAUCAGUCAUCGAGUGGACCGCUGCUGCUUUCACUUUCACCUCUCAGUUUGCUCCAAGAGAUUAACUUUGAUCCACUCCUUGCCCUCAUUUCACUCAGUCUCUCUUUUCUUCUAUAACACAUACUCUCAGCUGUUCUUUUAUUUUGGUCUCCUGUACUUCUGAGAGAUAAAAAGCAUCACUUUGCACAUUCCUACAACAUGUUUAUGUGCCGCAAAAGAGGAGGCAGUGUAUCUUGAAGAUAAAGAGCACAGUAUCUUCCGCUCUCUACCUCUACAUGCCCUCGUUUUCUGGGUUUAUCUAAAUUAUUGACAUUAUCCUGCUGAGGGGCACUCAGCCAUGAGCGUGCAUACGACAGGCAGGGCUGCAAGACUGUCUGACUAAUAGCACACAGAUCCCUUUUAUUACAGAAACAAUGUCUAUGAACUGUUGGAUUAAUAUGUGGAUAAUAUAUGGAAAGUGAAAAGCAAACAAGAUCUCUUCUCUGCAGGCUCCUAAAAUGACUCACUGUUGUCAUCCAGGCCUGUUCUCUGCCGACUUUUAUCGGUGCCAGCAGACAGAUGGUCAUGAUGAUGAUGAAAACAGUAACAGAGCAAAAGCUCUCAUGGCUGACAUGAUAUCAAGCUGUUGGAUAAUUCUCGUCUUUUGUUUGGACAUGUGCGAAAUAAACAGUCUUAGCUUUUUUCUUUUGCAUUCGGCUUUUAAUUAGAUUAAUUAUUUAGAGAAAAAAAACGUCAAUAUUUAUGAUCAUAAUAUUAUUAUUUUAGCCAAUCUUAACCAUCAUGACUGUGUUUGGAAAUGUGCUUACGGGCGUUUUCUCCUCAUUACAGCAACUUGACCACCAUCUACUGGUGUAGACAUGUCAUAGCAUCUGUAAUGUAUACUGAACCUGUUUCUAUCACACCAGGAGUUCACCCCCCUUUAUACAGAACAGGUUCACCUUGUGCAAAAACAACAACAACAACAACAAAAUAACAAUGCUGGGCAAACAUGCGUUUGUAUGAAGUGCAUGUUUGCUGUUGGACUGUUAAACUGAUCUUGAUGCAACGCAAAAAGUGCUUUGAACAUAAUAGCUUAUCUAGUGCUGAAAGAUAUUUUUAACAGCACACAGCGGGUGUCUGCAGAGGAUUUUAUACCCUCCUGUUGAGCUGCAUUUAAGAGUGGAGGUUUUAAGAUGUCAAGACAGUUGCACUUUCAUGUCACACUUGUCUUAUUCUUGAAUUAAGCAGAUACUAGUGCACUUUCAAAAACACAGCCUAACUAAAGAUACUUAUUCAUCAGUGAUAACUCCAAUUUUUAUGUAAAAAGGGAACUGACUGAGAUGUUUUAUGAUAACUAGAGAAAACACUCAUGCCUUCUGUCAAAUCAGAUCAGCCUGUACAGUAAAGCCGUCUUUAAAUAGCUUCAAGUUUGGUAUGAUCAAAAUAAGAAAAAUAAUGGAUACUAUGCUAAAGCUGGGCAAACUGAUUCAUAAAAGCAGAUGAAAUCCCUCCACUCUAUGUGAUUGGUACAAGAUGUAUGAGUGGUUAAAUCUCUCCAUAAAGGGUUCUUAUUCAAAAACAAAGUACAGUCUAGUGUGCAGUUCUCAUUCAGAAGAGGAGCGUAAAGAGAGCUCAUUGGUAAAGGGCUGAGAGAGAGAGCAAAGUUCAGGGUGUUUAACUGUCUGAUGAGAACUUGUGUGACAGUUUGUGAUUGAUGAGCUCGGGCCCUGAGCUGUAAUGUGGCUUUCACUGCAGCAUUAAAACCUGAUGGUUCGACUGAUGGCUGCACUGUCUGCAUCUCUGCAUGCAUAAGCCACCUCACUCUUGUCUGUAUUUAAUAGAAGAGCGGGGGCAGAUCAGCACUUAAGGUGCAUUAAACAGUAUUAUGCUGCAUUAUUUUUAUGGCGGGUACGUUCCCACAUGAGUUCAUGCAUCUUGCAUGUUGGUGUAAUGGCUGAGUGUGUUUGGUCUGAAGAGGCAGGACUAACAUGCACAUCAAAGAUACACAUUUGUGUGCACAAGAGAACCAGUUAUACCACUAUUCUUUUGAAUUCAAUGCUUCUGAUCCCACAGUUCACACUCUGUAAACUCUUAUAAGAUUAUUUCAGAGGGUUAUCUUGAGUUAAAUAACAGCUUUUUUUUAUUUCCUCGAGGGAACCUUCCCAAAAGGAUAAAUAAAGUUGUAUCUGUCUUAUCUAAUCUAGUUACAACUUGAUGAUUUGAUCAGGCAAAAAGCAGACUGUGAGUGUUAAUACAGAUCACAACAGAGCAGGUAAUUUCAGCUGAAUCUCUCCAUCUCAGGUGUCCUGAGUAACGUUCAGAAAUCUUUCAACAAAUAGUCAGCAAAAAGUCAUUCAUUAGAUCCUGCAUUAGGAUCUUCUGACACAUCUUCUGAAUCUCACAAGGCUGAAUAUGCCAAACAAAGCAUGGAGACCUGAGACCUAAAUAAACCAGAUAAUACUUUAAAAUUGGAAUAUCAACUGGUUUGUGUAACACUUUAACUUGUCCAGAGUGCCACUGACCGGUGCUCUAAAAUUUCAGACGUCAACACUGGUUCAGAUUGAUGAAUCUUUACACCCUUAGGUUUUAGUAGAUAUGCACCAUAAUACCAACUACCAUGAUAUUUUGUAUUAAAUGUAUUUAAUUAUAUUGACUUAGUACCCCAUAAAUAUCUCUUCUUGUUGUAGAAAUGUAAGCCUUAGUGCAGUAUGCUGCUACUCUGCUGCCAUGUAGAAUAUCUCCUUUGUUUCCAGAGUAGUACUAACCCAGUUCCUUUGUUACUUCAGCGGCUGAUUAAGACAUUCAGACAUUAAGGGUGAGUCCAUUUACAUAAACCCUCCCUUGGUAUCCAAAUGCAUUUCUGGCCCACUUUCUCUGCCUGUCCUAAGACCAGUAUUUUAACUCUAGACAAUUGAUUUGCACUCCACCCACCUAUCCUUCCUCAACACAGUGCAUUAUGUUGUGCAGAGUCAUCAGUUGUGAACUGUAGACAUUCACUUCUCUACUCUUGUUGUCUUACAGCACAGCACAAUACUACCAAGACUGCCUCAAAUCUCAACAUCAAAACUCUUAACAGUACGAUGGAAGAUGCAGGAGCUAAAUCUGACCUCAGAGCAGUUAUGGUCCUCAGUUAGAAAAACGCUUUGACUUUUCUAUUCUUAACUGCGACAUCUUAAACAGAGCACCAGUUUUAUGGUCACACCGGUCACAGUGUUUCAACCCUCCAAGUUAUUGACUGCCCGCUCUGCCAAAUGACCCAGUAGACACAGGCAGCGCCACACAGGGCUGGGCUGGCUCCUCCAUCCUAAGUGGUAUUCUUUCCCAGCCAUCAGCAAACAUGGAUCAAUGCCUGGUUUUACAGCUUUACAUCCUUGAAAUGACUGAGCAAAUAAAAGACAGCGUGGCCUGUCAAUCAGAGACUAUUAGUAAAGAUAUUUCUUUGUUAAUAACCUCAAACAUACACACACACACACACACACACGCACAUGCAGAGUUCAGGAUACAAUAAGAGGAGAUGGAGCGAGUGGAGGUGGAGUCCCAGAGUUGAUGGAGUUGCAGACCCUGGGACGAGAAAUACGGACAUGUAGAAACAGAGAUGGAUCUUGUGCAAGGGGAGCGUUUAUGGAGCUUAAAACUUUACCUGUUUGAUACUUUUUGCAAGAACACAUGAUGGACUUUGGACCAGUUUGCCUGAACGAAGAUGCUCUGAAGUCUCAGUUAGCUUUUUUUCCUCCUCAGUAGUCAGAGGUUGAAUAUAAGAGCCAUUCCAGUUUAAAAUCAUGAUUAAAAGGUGGUGGAAGAAGAUGACUGGCAGCAGGUGAUGUUUGGGGGUACAUGUUGUUCUAUCUGAUUCAGUGUCAGCUUUAUUUCAUCCUCUUAAAACUAAAGUUUUAAAAAGGCGAUAUCUAAUGCAAGGCAACAAUGGGACUGGAUGGCAUGGAAAUAAUUGCCAUUGUUGUGGUCAUUGGUCUGUUUGUUAUCGUGCUCAAACAGUUUGGGAUAUGGGAGCCCUUAUCACUGGAAGGUAAGGCUGAAAUGAAACUUUGGAGAGAUUAAAUCAUAACAUUUGAUGUUAAAACCUUGGUCUGUAACAUUAGAAAAAAAAAUCAUAUUAAACUUUAUCGUUUUUUGAUGCUGUUAACUCAAAGUUCGGCUAACUGUAAAGUUUCUCAUGUUACCUGGACACUCUCCUCCCUUUGUUGGGCGAAUAGAUUUUAUUGAUUUUUUUCAAGAACAUGAACAACAACCAAGUUCUCAAAAUACAAAAGAAAAUAUAGUUCUUGUUGGGCAUUUUCUGUUAAUAAAAUGUUUAUAUGACGCCACUUAUUCUAACAGUUUUGUGACUUUCUUCUCCCUCUUGCAUCCCCCCCCAUCACCUUUUCUCCACCUCUUCCUGCUCUGCUCCUCUUAACAUCCCAUUCAUAUUUUGUUCUUGUGAAGAUGGUGAGUAUGGUUAAGUUCCUUCUGUGAUUGUUUUAUUUUUAUUUUGUCACAUCCUGAUCGUCUUUAUGAACUUUUCCCCCCUUGCACACUCACUGCAGACACAGGGUUUUUUAUGAGAUAACUGAUGAGUACACCUAAAUGAAGCUCUUUCAGUGUUCUUGAUUUAUGAGAGACUGUGUCUGACAUCACUCUUAGUUUACUUUCUAUAUCUAAGUUGCACUAAAGAGCUUUUCAAAUGCAUCUUCAUGGACAGGUAGAUAGGCACUAUGUACAAUUGACAUAAAAAUGUAACCAAACUUUGUUCAGUUGCAGUUUUGUACAUGAGCAUGACAACAUCUGAUAAAAUCUGUGUAUUAACCCUCACAUACUGUUCAAAUCCUGUACCCUCACAGUAUGUUCCGGGUCAAAAUUGCCCCUUCAAAGAGUUCAAAGAGCAGCUCUCUGUCACAGAAAGUUCUCUUGACUAGUUAGGUCAUUUUGACCUCUGUCUAGGUGUGUCUGUGUGACUGUAUGUCUGUGUGCGUGCGUGUGUGUGUUUCUGUCAAGGUAAUGAUAGUUUCAUAAUGAUUUGAAAAUAUCUUUUUGAACAACAAACCUUAUAUUGAACACUGUUGUUACUGUUUGUCACUUAUCCCACACUGCUAGAUCUAAAAUCCAUCUAAAUAUAGAUAAGGGUCAAAUUUGACCCAUAACAGCCUUAGAGGGGAAAAAUUUGUACCACAUAAACAAAAAUACACAUGAAUAUUUUUAAAUUAAUUUCGUGUAUUUUGGGUUAUUUCAGGAAAAGUCAUCAAGUUUCAGGCUUAAAAAAUGAUGUUUAGGGUAUUUUUACUGCUGUUAAAAGUCAAAACGGGUCAAAUUUGACCCGAACAGUAUGUGAGGGUUAAAAUGGAAAUUAUUGCAUAGUUGAUGAAUGAAAGAAACUGGACAAAUGUUUAUGUUAUUGUUGUGUUUUAAGAUGCAGUCAUACAAUAGUAAAAAGAGAGUGGCUGGAUAUAUUCAGAGUCCAACUUAAAAAAGGGUCUUUUUGUUAGCUAAAUGAAUCGUUAUUCCUCCACACUUCUUUCCUCUGAUCAACCCAUCUUCCAUUCAAAGUUGCCUCUUUCUUGCUAAUAAGUUCUUCCCACUCUCAAUAAAAAGGUAAUCUCCACGUUUCCCUUUGUCUCAUCUUCUUUCUUUGCAUGAUUUACUCUUAUAAUCUCGUAUCUCCCCGUCCUCCUUGUCUCACCUUCCUUCUUUAACCUCUCCAUUUUUGAUUUCCUCUUUAUAAUUUGACGUGUGUAAAGAUGGUGAGCAUUUUCAGUUAUACGCAGACGUUUUGAUUUUCUGCCUCACGUCCAUGGACUGUAAAAAUAUGGACGUGAUUUGAAUGACAUCACCUACGGGUUUCUGAGGAGGUGUAAUGACGCUUAAAAAUGGCGGCACAUUAAAAUGCAGUUUCUGAGUUACUUUGAUGAAGUGAGAUGUAGCUACAACCAUAGCCUCACUGCCUGGUAAAUGGCUUUGACCCACCCUAUCGUUAGCCAUGUCCCUGUUUAUAUCUGUUUACCUAUACCUCCUAAAAGUGGAUGAACUACAGUGAAAACUCAUCUCCUGUAUAGUUGUAGGUAAAGAUUUGAGGAAUAGAGACUAAAACCAUUUUUUCACCAGGCUGUCAACAUGGGGGUUUAAAUCUAUCAGAGUUCUCCUGUCAUUUGGAUCCAGUCUUAAAUAGACCAUCAAGGAACUGCAGUCUAUUGCACUGUAUGAUUAGCUUCACUUUUGAACUCCAAAGGUGCCCCUUGAUCCUAUCAGUUUUAUUUUGUAGUACUUUCAACUCCCCCCUUCCCAAUUCCCCUUUUUCUUUCUUUCUAGUCUUACUAGUAUUUCCCUCCUACCACGCUCCCUCCGUCCCCUCCCUUCUUUCCACCCUCUUUCUCCUUGUUUUCUCUGUUUCCUGUAAACAGACAGCUGUGACGGUGACCUUGAGCUUUCCAUGGUGCGUCAUCAACCCGAGGGCCUUGACCAGCUCCAAGCCCAGACUCAGUUCACCAGAAAGGAGCUGCAGUCACUCUACAGAGGCUUCAAAAAUGUAGGAAAUCUUUGAAUAUGUUAAAGCUUUGUUUAAUCCCCUAACAGUAGGCAUGUAACCCAGAGUGACGGGGUUUUUUAAGAGUUAAGAAUGUCAGAGAGAAGCUGUACAAACUAUAAAUCUUCCAGUGCUUUCAGUAAAGCUCACAAUGUGCAGUUUAUGUGCAACUGUGCAAACAGUUGUGCUCUAUAAAGGUUGAGUUUGGUAGUGAGGUACAGACAAACCGUGUGAGCAUAUUAGCUUCAGCUUACAUGGGAGGACCAACUUAAGGUAACAAAUCUCAGCCCCCUCUGCUGGUCAUUUGUGGUCUCUUUUUUUUUCUUCAGCGUGCCACAUAGAUUUAUUUACUGACAGCAUACCUUGUUGUCUUAGAAUGCAUGCUUUUUACAGCUGACUUUUUAGAUAGCAAGAACAUAUACUAAAAGUGUGUCUAAUACACCAAAUUUAAUGGUAGAUAAACUAAAGGUUUUUCAUUAAAUGGCCCAACCUUUCUAUGUGAGUUAAAUUACAUUGUCAACACACAAUGUGCUCUAGUUUGUGCAUACAUAGGGUUACGUUUGUAAAACAUAAUGACUGACAUCUGAAUUUAACAUCUACAAUGAAAUCACUCUUCUAUUGACCCCACUGACCAAAAGAUGUAGAUGCACACUGUGUCUGCAAGGAUAGGUUGAACACCAUAAAUCCUUGCAAGUUGCAUAAUGUUAGGCUAAGUGAGGCAAGUUUAUUUGUAAAGAACCAUUCACAGGUAGAGCAAUUCAAAGUGCUAAACAGAGUCAAAAAACAAAUUAAAAUUGUAUUGUUAGCGCGGAAAGAAUUUUUACCUUCAGCUGAUUAUAGACUACUUUAAACACAUGUACUUAGUUUAUUGGUUUACACUUAUAUAAGCACCUCAGGCUGACAUGCACUAAGACGAGAAAAGAUGUGAUUGGGAGGUACAAAAAUUUAACCCUCACCUAUCUUUCUGAGUUCCUUGUUUAGGACUUAAGCUAUUUAGUUAUGCCAUAAGCAAAUAACAUCUUGGUUAGCUCACUUGAAAUAUUACAUAAACCAUAAAUGUUUAAUUAAAAAGGAUUGUGGCCCAAGUACAAAUCCUUGAGGUACACCACAAAUGGUACUGUAGAGGAAAUGAUUUGAUGUAAUCGAUCGAAAAUAAACACUGUUUUCUGUCCAGCGGGUAACUCAAAAAAGAAAGUAUACUUUGUUUGUUUUUCACCUCCUUGAUGAGAAACUUUAAUUCAGUCGUGAAUUUUGAUAUUUUCAUAAAUUGGGGCCAAAGGGGGGAGGACUUUUCUGAGGAGCCAUCCUCAGGAGGCCACUGAAACUGCAGGUUUUGGUACUUAGAGUUAGCCUCAAUAUUUUAGGUUUUGCUGCUCAUUACUUCUUGUUUUGGUUUAACUAUGUGUUCUCUAACUCAUGCACAAACUAAAGAAUGACGUAGCUCAUAAUUAGGCCAACCUCCGAUGCAGAUAAUGUAUAUCGACAACUCGUGACUGUAAUGUGCCAUUAGAGGUUGCAAAGUGCCAUUAAAGAGGAGAAGGAGAAGACCGCAUGCUGAUGUAAACAAAGCAGCCUUAACAGUCUUUAAAAUGAAGCUUGCAGCUGCUUUAUGAGGUUUCUGUGACCUGAAGGAUACACAUAAUGAGGUGUGGUAAGAAAGAGUAAACCAAACUGUAAUAAAAUCUUCACAUGGUGUCUGUGAGUAAUACUGCAGGAGAUUUUAACAGCAGACAUUAUGACUUGUAGUAGCAAUUGGAGUAAAGAACAAGUGUAAUUUGAAACAUUAAUUUUAUAGGCUGUACUUUAUUCAUCCUCUUACUUGAUGUCAGUUUGUUCAUCCCAGAUUCCAGAUGUUUUCUACUGCCACAACAGUAGAUUUAUUCAGCAUCUCACUCCAGUUUUGAGUAAAAUAGGCCUCCAAUAUACAAGGAUAUGUUUUCCUUUGUAUAUUCUGUUGUAAUGAAGUACUAUGCAUAAAUACUUAUUUCAAUUUGACAUCCUUUACAGCCUGACGGGUAAAACUAUCACAUGUGACUCACCAUUUCUGCCUGUGAAGGCUCAAAUGUUCCCUCUGCUCGAGGUGCAGGCUUCUAUGUUGACAAGAAAUUGCUAAAGACAAAACAUUUCAAGUUUCACUUUUCCAGAGUGACCCUCAGUGGAGUGGAUUUUAUUCACUGUUUGGGGAACAAAAGAUCCUUCUUUCUGCAUUUUCUCCGUUAAACAAACAGGAGAUGAAAAAAGAUUUAGUCACUGUGGUUUACAUACUAUAUUACAAAUAAGUUACACUCAAAUUUCUUCUGGAAUUGAACAUGCAGUUCUCCUGCCCUCUAGUGGCUUUAUGUCUCUACUGCUGUAAGUGUGAUGCUGGUGUAAUUUCUAGAAGAAGUUGAAUGUUUUUGUUACUGACCUUGACAACAAUACUAAAGUAAGGAGCAGAAACUGCACCUAAUUUAGUUUGGCUUUGUAUUAUCAUAAUCCACUGUAUAAGCUGUAUAUUUCCAUUCAGUAUGUGCAGUUACUGCAUUCUGGCUUGGUAUGGCAGUAUUGUAGCCCUCUUAUCAUACAAAGCUAAACCACAAUAAUGGCACUCACUGGGUUUUAUUUUACUUUGUUGUAGUUUUUGUCUGAAUUUUUGAGUCAAUGCAAAUUUGACACCUGUUGUCUUCUUUAAAUUAUCUUCUAAUUAUUGUCUUUCAACAGGAAUGUCCCAGUGGGCUUGUGGAUGAGGAAACGUUCAAGACCAUUUACUCCCAGUUCUUCCCUCAAGGAGGUACAGUUUGUAUCUAAUGUGAACUAACAUUUCCCCUCUGGGAUAAAUCAAAGUUAUUCUUCUUCUUAUCUUCCUCUUUUUCAUUCUUUGAUGACAGAUGCUACCACAUAUGCACAUUUCUUGUUCAACGCUUUUGACAGUGACAGAAGUGGAUCCAUCAGGUUUGAGGUGAGUUGAGCUGAAUAUUUGUUCACAUCUGAUAUUCCGCAUUCAUUUAUCACAUAUGACAUUUUGACAAAUUAAAGGGAUAUUCCGACGUAAAAUUAAUUUAGGGUCAAACACACCGUAACGUUGAGUUAGACACCCCGUCGAGAGGUGAAUGUUGCCAAUUGCUGGCUUCUCUAGUUAUACCAACUUAAGUAACGACCUCAGAUAGCCAUACACAGAGCCACGCACUCAACCAAAACACCACUCCAUAGCCACAUAUAAUGCUCAGAACAGCACCUAACUUCAUCAACAGUACAUAUAGGGUCCCAGCCGUAGCACUAGCCACCAAACAUGCCUAAUUUCUUUAGCAAAGAGACUAAACACAACUCACCCACUCUCCUCCAGCAGUCGCCUGUUUGUACGGAGACCUCGAGUCCAUCACAACUGCAGCGGGGUGACGCAGCUCAAGGAGGAACAUUUAUGAUCAUUUCUUUAUCAUUUCCUUGAAGUAACAAUCAUCAUGUAAAUCAUUUUAUACUGCAGACGCAGUAGUUCUUCUACCUUGGCGUCUCGGUCUGAUUGCAUUAGCCUGGCUGGGCCAUCCAGUUGCGUGAAUCACUCUCCGUUCCUUCCCACAACAGUCUGGACUUCGGCCAAUUGGGAGCGAGUAUUAGAAAUCAGAAAAUAACCGGGCCAAUCAGUGACUGUGUUUCCACUGUUCCCCGGACAACAGGGAAAGGCAGCCCCUGAUUGGUCCAUGUGUAGAUGGUGACGUCUAACACAUGCUGCGGGACUUUUCAAAGUGCCAUUCAUUCAGAACGCCGUUAAUUCUGUAGUUGACUUUGCAAAGUCGGCAGAAAUCGUUUAUAUCCGCGGAAGAAGACGUUAAAGACAUUGUCUGCUUGCACACGUUGAAAUAUUACCAAACCUUUACUUGAUGCUUGAGAGUCCAGCAGGGAACACAGUUGCGCACUGUGAUGUCGUCAGAUGUUUGGUUACGGUGAUUGGUUACAGUAGUCUGUCUAUCAAGGAAAGUACUCCCGCCCGCUUUUAGGGCUCCCAAUUGGCCGAAGUCUAGACUGUUGUGGGAAGGAACGGCAAGUGAUUCACACAACUGGAUGGCCCAGCCAGGCUAUGAUUGCAUUUCCAUGAAGAAAUGAUAAAUGUUCUUCCUUGAGCUGUGUCACCCCACUGCAGUCGAUGGACUCGCCCGGAGGUCUUUGUUCAAACAAGCGGCUGCUGGAAGAGAGACGGUGAGUUGUGUUAAGUCUCUUUGCUGAAGUAACCAGGCAAAGCUAAAAAGAUCUUUGGUGACUAGUGCUGUGGCUGGGACCCUGUAUGUACUGUUGAUGAAGUUAGGUGCUGUUCUGAGCAGUAUUUGUGGCUAUAGAAGGGCAUUUUGGUUGAGCACGUGGCUCUGUGUAUUGCUAUCUGCGGUCAUUACCAAAGUUGGUAUAACUAGAGAAGCCAGCAAUUGGCAACAUUCACCCCUCGACGGGGUGUCUAACUCGAUGUUAUGGUGUGUUUGACUCUAACUUAAUUUUACGCCAGAAUAUCCCUUUAAGAUGAGUUGGAAGAAAUGUCCUAUAACUUUUACAGGACUUUGUGAUUGGACUGUCUGUGCUGCUCAGAGGCUCUGUCACAGAGAAACUGCGAUGGGCAUUCAACCUGUACGAUAUCAACAAAGAUGGCUACGUUACCAAAGAGGUAACAGAUCAUUCUUUCUCAUUUAAACAUGUUGAAAGAUUUCUGCCUCAUCCUUAUAUCUGUGCUGUGAUUCUCUGUUGUUUUUCUGCAGGAAAUGAUGGCAAUAAUGACGUCCAUAUAUGACAUGAUGGGCAGGUAUACUUUACCCAGUGUACGUGACGAUUCGCCAUCUGAGCAUGUGGAGAGAUUCUUCAAGGUAUACCAACCUUUUCUUUUACAACCAAAAACUCAACAAAAUCAAACACUCAUAAACACAAAGGAAAAAGUUAAUACUGCUUGGCUUUUCUUACAUAUUUCAGAAGAUGGAUCGGAACAGAGAUGGAGUGGUGACAAUCGAUGAAUUCAUAGAGACCUGCCAAAAGGUAAACCCAUCCCCAAACAGUUUUAAAGCCUGUUUUUGCAGCUCAACGCUCAAACAUGAGAGUUGCCUCUAAAUCUGUUUUCUCUUGUAAACAGGAUGAAAAUAUAAUGGCCUCCAUGCAGCUCUUUGAAAAUGUCAUCUAGUCCCUGCUAAUGGAUAUGGCUCCACAAUGCCAUGCACAGCGCUUCCAUCUGCAAGCUCCCAGGCCGGAAAAACAACUUAAUUCAUCCUGAAAAGGAAAAUCUGGGUCAUGCAGCAGAUUUGACACAUUUAAAAACAAACUGGUGACCACUUUAUUUUGUUCCCUGUUCAGCUGUUCUAUGCAGAGAGAUGAGCAUAACUCACCAAAUCACCUGAACAGCACAUGUUUCUUUGCAUGGUUUUAGUUUGUGAAAAAAUGUGAAUAAUGACGUCAUCAUUUCCAGAUGAGCAUGAGUAUUUUCCCAGCAUUUAAAAGCAUGUGAUGCAAACCACUUUGAACUAAUAAGCGGGUUCAGUGUUGACAUCUUUGGCAAAUAAGGAUGUGAUUUGUUUUUAUACAAUAAUGUAAAGAAAAGAGUUGUUGUCUUUUUAGUUCUUUUGUGUAAAUGUGAUACCAAGUCACUGUCAUGUUGACUCAAAGUAUGCCGAAAUAAAUGUAAACCUUCACAUAAUGACAUCCUUUUUUUUUAGAUGAUCUCAGUGUGAAAAAAUGCCAUUAUGUAAAGUUUUCUCUGUUUGCCUUGCAGCAGUUUUCUCAUGGAAAACAUACAAGACAGAAAUCUGUAUAUACAGUUCAUUUUCCAAAACAAAUACAGGAUCAUAUUUACACUAUGCUUAAUUUAAUGUGUAGUACAUGAUAUCCUGAGAUGCCCUGUAUUUGAGCUUGGAUCAAAUGUCUCAACAAUGACUGUACAUGCCAUGUGUAGAGCCUUUGUUAGUGUGAAACUGAACAGACUGACAAUUAUCGCGGCUGUGCCCUCAAAGUAAUUUUGUAGAACAUGUCAGCAUGGUAGAAAGCAAAGGGGAAGAGUCAAGGGGCCCCCUUAAGGCAUUUUCCCUGUUUAUAUCAGUUUGGUCUCUUUAUGAACAAUCCUCUUUUUUGUUCUGCGUCCACCAAACUGUCCUAUUUUGUGUUUUCAUAGUCUUGGUAUGUCGUAAAGAAAUGGACUGAAAAGGACUUCAUGACUGCUUCGGUUCAUUUGAGCCGUUGUCUUCACUUCCUGUUUACGUCCUCUAGCUCUUGCACUUAUAUUGAAUAUCUCUGUUACUCUUGUUCUUGUUUACUUGUGUGAAGUGGACCAACUAUCUGAAAGAUCUAGAUGGAGGCACGAAACAGACACAACUGAAAAUAAGAAGGCCUGAGUAAUUCUAUCAUCAUGGAAACAGUGACUCUGUUGAAUCCUGUUGUUUGACACUAAUAUAUUCAAUAACUUAUGUGAUCAAUACUUCUAAGCUUAGAUGAAGUCUAAUAAAACAUUUUCUAAAACCAGAAAUAAGACAAAAA